GAAACUUAAGUUUCUGUCUCUGUUUACAAAGGAACUUUUAUUCCUUUUCUCUCAUCACCCAGCCUUGGGCAACAAUUUUUCCUAGUACCAUCGAGAAUUAUAGUAACAAGAUUCGUCCACAUCAGCUCCGGACCCGAGAAGUCGGGUUCGAUACGGCUUUUGCUGUCAGUGGCCCUGAUAAACCCAACAAAGAAAAAGAAAAAAGAAGUAUGCAAUAUGUGUUCGAGGUCAGGUCAUGACAGGGAUGAGGUGUUGUCAUGUCUCACUAAGUACUUCAGACAUGACACCUUCAGGAGUGACUUGCAGAGGAGAGCUGUUGAGGCUGUUGUCCAAGGUAAUCAAGAUGUAUUUGUUUCAAUGCCAACGGGGUCGGGCAAGUCCUUGUGUUACCAGUUGCCAGCAGUCAUGGCACAGGGUCAGGUGGCCAUCGUUGUGUCACCACUUAUUGCUCUCAUCAAGGAUCAGUUGGAACACCUCCAGAAGCUACACAUUGUUGCCGAGUCCAUCAACUCUAAGAUGACAAGCAAGGAACGUAAGAGAGUGCUGGCAGAUCUGUCAUGCAUGACACCUAACACACGGCUACUGUACAUCACACCAGAACAAGCAUCAACUAAUUUUUUCAAAGGACUCCUUGAUCGCCUGUACAAGUAUAAAAAACUCUCAUACUUUGUGGUGGAUGAGGCCCAUUGUGUAAGUCAGUGGGGCCACGAUUUCCGACCUGAUUUUCUGCGUCUGGGGUGCUUGAGGAGCCAGAUUCCAUCAAUUCCCUGGGUAGCCUUAACUGCUACUGCCACAGCUAGGGUUGUUGAUGAUAUAUAUCUUCAGUUGAAACUCAAGAAACCAGUUGCAAAGUUCAAGUCAUCUUGUUUCCGAUCAAACUUGUUUUACGAUGUGCAGUUUAAGGAUGCCCUGGACGACCCGUUUGAAGAGUUGAAAGAUUUUGUUAAUAAAUCCCUAGGAAGUGAUUGGGACAAAAAUAGAACAGAAAACUCUGGGUGUGGAAUUAUUUACUGCCGCACAAGAGAUGCAACAACAGAACUGGCCAACCAGCUGUCCAAGAAAGGUAUUCCUACCAAGGCUUACCAUGCAGGUUUGAAGAACCGAGAGCGAGCUGAAGUACAAGAAGAAUGGAUGGAUGGGAAAGUGCCUAUCAUUACAGCAACUGUAUCUUUUGGUAUGGGAGUUGACAAAGCUUCAGUCAGGUUUGUAGCUCAUUGGAGUGUCCCUCAGUCUAUGGCAGGAUAUUACCAAGAGUCUGGUCGAGCUGGACGUGAUGGAAAACCUUCCAGGUGUAGAAUAUACUACAGCAAAAAAGAAAGGGAUACUGUGUCAUUCCUCUUGAGACAAGACGAGUUGAAGGCUAAGAAAUCUGGCAAGCCCAAAAAGGAGGAGCAGGCCAAGACUGCAAUAAAAAGCUUCGAGACAGUUGUCAAGUUUUGUGAAGCUCCACUCUGCCGACACCAUUCCUUUGCUCUGUACUUCGGUGAUGAUAAACCAGAUUGUAAGAAGCACUGUGAUUACUGCACCAAUCCUCAGUUAACACAGAAAAAAGUAGUCGAAUGGAAUGAUUCACUGGUGCGUAAAACUAGCUACAGAUUUCAAGCAGCAGCUGCAUUUGAGGACGGUUAUGAAGACCCUGACUUGUAUGGUGGAGGAAGAAGAGGGUUGAAAAGAGAACAAAAUGAUUAUGAUCAGACUGGAGACAGGGGAGACAGGGGUCAAGCGGCUGAGCAAGAAGCUAAGAAGCAGCGGACAGCUUUCAUAAAGCAACAGUUAGCUCUUCGCCGUGGUAAAGCACCUUCCACAUCUUCCUCCUCUUACAGCAAACGUCAGAAAGAACAGAAAGAAAAAGAAAAGUUAGAAAAAGAAGAGAAUGAACGAGCUCAGCGAUCAAAACUCACAAAUGCAGAAUUUUCAUCAAAGAUCGCAGGGCUUAACGUUUCGACGAGAGAGAGUUACCUUCAGAUGGUGUUUCAAGCACUUGUUAAGAACUAUGAAGCGUGUGGUGACUCGAGUCCAGUUUUGAACAGAUUAAAAGAAUCCGAUAUUGAAGAUGUUGCGGUGAAGCUGGAGUACAGCAUCUUCACCUCCACCAAUGUCUUAAUGAUGUAUCGUAAAGGCAUGAUGUCACUGAUGAUGGGCAUCAGGAAAGACACAAGUUCAUUAAUUUUGCGUUGUGAGUUGGCUGAACACGAGCCAAAGCUGAGUCUUGGCCAGUUAGCUAAGCAGAUUGAAAAUGACAUCAAGAACCGGAAAGCUGCGAGCCUGGGAUUCAAAACUGCAAGUCAGGUGAUGGAGGAGAAAUGUAAAGUGAAGAAGAAAGAGCCAUCGAGUUUAAGCACCAGACGUGGUUUUGCUCUCAAGCGUUCGCCAAACCAUCAAACCUCCCUGAGUUCCUAUUUUAUUAAGAGUGGCAAACCUAAGAACAGUAAUAAAGUUGAUCAUCAGCUAUCAGACAGUGAAUCAGAUGGGGAAGAGGGUGGAAAUGAAGCCAAAGGAGAAAUAAAGAACAAUGAGGAUAAUGAACUAGAUGUAAUGGCCACAGAAGAUGGUGUAUCUGAUGCUGGCAGUAACUAUGAUCCCGAGGAAAAUCAAGAAUUUGAUUUGGAGGAAGUGUCUUGGUCUGAUUUAGAGUGUGAUAGUUAUGAAGAUAAAGAUGACAAAGAUAGUGAUAAUCACUGUGAGAAUAAAGCAGCAGACUCAGGUGAAUUGCCUCUUGUUAAAACAGUUGCUGAAUGUGAUAAUAAAUGUGAUAGUAGUGAUAGUGAACAUUCAAUCAUAGAAUCUAAAACUGUAUCCUCCUCAAAAGAAAAUGAUAGGAAGAGAAAAAUGAAUUUUGAAAAUGAGAGACAUGAAAAUUCUGCCAAGAAUAUGUGUCAUGGGAUGAGUUUGGCAUCUGAAAUAUGCAGUAGUAAUGCUGAAGAAAAUUAUGUUAAUGUGUCGGAAGAUAAAGCAGGUUCUGUUGAUAUAGGGGAUGUGCACGAAUAUCCAAGGAAUUUUUCUGCAGUUAAAGAGAAUCAGAGCACAGGAUGUAUGUUUGGGGAAAGUGAUAAUGUUAGUGUGUUUUCUCGAGAAAAAGUAAAAUGUGAGAUAAGGGAACCAGUGUGUAAAGACAGCCAAUCAACACACACAGCAAAAUUAUCGUUUGAUUCCUCCAGUGAUAUUCCACCUUCUGGAUCUUCGCUCUCCUGUAUUGCUGCUGUCAGAUUGAGUUUAGAAAGAAAGGAAUGGAGGCCAACCAUUGAAAAAUCUGAAAAUAGAUCAAAAAGCAAGAAAUGUAAAUUAAGUAAAAAUGUAAAGAUGAUUGAUUUAUUUGGUGAUACAUGUGAAAUGAAUGAAAUUGAACCUUCUAAUCAGGACACUAAGGAAGGUUGCACGGGGGCUAAAAAUGUGGCUAUACCUUACGUACAGGGGGAGAAAGAUAAAGGCAAAUAUGUUCUGGACAACUGGCAGAGUAAUUGUGUUAACUAUGACAAAAGCUCUGAAAGGAAAGAGAAAAGUGAAGGGAAGCUCAAACAUAGUGAUAAUAGUUACCACAUGGAGUUCAGUGACACAGUUAAUGAUAGACCUACCAAAAAAGACAAGCACAAUGAGCAUAACAGACAAAACAGAGGAAAACACAAAUCAGAGGAUAGCUCAAAAGAAAAUGAAAAAAAGCACAAAGAAAGAGAAGAAAGAAUUUGUACUGACAGUAAAGGUUCAGUCAGUUCUCCAAGUAAGCAAAAACAGACUGAGUGUGUUAAUAAGAGUAUGAAUAAAGAUAGAUUAUUGGAGGAAGGUUCAAGAAAGAAUGAUGGAUUAUAUGAGAAAAAAGAGAAGUCAGGUAGUUCUAAGAGACAUUUAGAGAGGUCAGGAAGCAGCUCAGAGAAACACAACAAGGAGUCUGACAAGCAAAGACAUUCCAAAAAUAUUCAGAGUGGUUCAGAGAAAUUAGAAAUGCAUUCAGAAAAAUUAGAGGGACAUGCAGAGAAACCUACUGUGGAUUCAGAAAAAUCAGAAUGGAAUUUAGAUAAACCUAGAAGAGAUUCAGAAAAAUCAAGGAGAGAUUUGGAGAGGUGUGAGAAGGAGUCUGUAAAACUAAGAAAAGAUAAAGAAAGAAACUGUGAGAGAUCACAUAAGAUCUCAAAGGAACCAUGGAUGGAGUCAGAUAAAUACAUGAAGCAAAAUGAGGAUAAGAUUUAUAAGGAAAGAAAAAUGAGUGAAGACAAUGAGAGAAGGAGAGUCAGUAAGAUGGAAAAUCUGUUUACAGAGGAUUACAGAAGCUCCAUCCACCAAACAGUAGAAAAACAAAAAAUUACUGAUAUAUCUAAUAUGCCACAAAGUACUCUAAGAAUGACAAAUAAAUCACUCAAUUUACCAUCUUCCAAAAAUGACUCUGAAUCCAAAACCUCUUCGAGAUCACUACCAUCACCCAACACAAAGGAAGCACCAUCGCUUGCAGACAGAAAGCAGAUAGCUGACUGGGUAGUCAAACAUCUCAUGCCACAUUACAAGAAUAAUAACAUAAGUGGGAAGGACCUUUUUAAGUCACUGGCAAGGCAGAUAUCGCACAAUGUUGCACAGUUGGAGCUUGGCAGAGAUGAAGAUGCAGCCGAGCAGUACAUCAAAAGCUUUUUCAAGCGAGUCAAAAAAGUCACGUGUGAGGCAGAUAUUGUUUUCUACUGACAGACAGAGCAUGUUGCUCGACCUGUUACAUCUGACAUUACCUGUGUUAUGUGAAAAACAAUAAAUUCUGUUUUAAAGAGAGGUUUAUUGGGGUGGUGGCACUGUAUAUGGUCCACUGGAGCCACACUAUCAUAAUGUCAUUGUGUACAAGUAUAUCUUGAGUUCCUACAUGAGCCACACCAUCAUUAUAUCAUUGUGUACAAGUAACACUGUAAUCUCAACUCAAGCAUCUCAACUACAGCUCUUCGUGUAUACAUUACUCAGCGCUUGACACUUUCUGUAAUAUAAAUUUGGCCUUUUUAUUGAUAUUUUUUCAACUUUGUUGUGUUCUUUUCUCUAUAUAGAGUUAAUAAGACAUUUGUUACAUUGGACAUAUUGAGAUAAACCUUUAUUUGUUAAUUUUCAUAGGAAAUAAAUAAUUUUGAUGUAAUUUUUAUCUUUAACAUGAACAUGAAGGUAUAAAGGUAGCAAUAUGUAUAAUUUAUAUAUAUAUGAUCAGCCUCUUGUAUGCAGUUUGUUUUUUGUCAAGACUUGGGCCAACAUAUUUAAAUUCACAUUUCUGCUAUUCUUUGAAUCUAGGGUAAUC